AAAGUUUUUGACGCCAGACAUGAAUAGGUUAAUUUAUACAAUACAUUAAUUUCAACCAGGCACAAAUUGGACGACCUGCCUGUUCCUCCACGUGUUCAAGGACCCCUCAAGAUGUCUAUGCUUGCCGAACCUCGUCGUAAGCAAAAGUGGUCUGUGGACCCCAGGAACAGUGCAUGGAGCAACGAUGAGUCCAAAUUUGGACAGAAAAUGCUGGAACGCAUGGGCUGGUCCAAAGGAAAAGGUCUUGGCAAGAGUGAACAGGGGUCUACAGAACACAUCAAGGUUAAAGUCAAGAACAACAGCCUGGGGCUGGGCACUUCAGUAAACAACGAGGAUAACUGGAUUGCUCACCAGGAUGAUUUUAAUCAGCUCCUUGCUGAACUUAAUAACUGCCAUGGACAGAACAACACUGACAACCCCACUCAGGAACAGGGUUUUAGUUUGGAGGAGAAGUCAAAGACGUCCAAGAAAAGGGUCCAUUACAUGAAAUUCACUAAAGGAAAGGACCUGUCCAGUCGCAGCGAAACAGACCUAGCUUGUAUAUUUGGGAAGCGAUCGAAACGAGAGACAAGACACCAAGAUGAGGUAAGCGGUGGAAGCAGUGGGCCUGACUCUCAGGAAGAGAGAGAAGAGGACAAGGACACAGACACUAAUCCCAACCCAGAGACACAAACCAACACCGUGACCAGCACACUGACCAUGCAAGAGUACUUCGCCCGGCGGAUGGCCCAGAUCAAGAAGACUCAGGCAGGACGAGACCCAGCCGCAUCUUCAUCUGAGGUCAGCAGCAGUGCACCUUCUCCACUGGCUACACCUGCCUCCAUGGAGGACUCCCCCAACACCAGCGAUAUGGAGCAGUCCAAGAAGAAGAAAAAGAAGAAAAAAGACAGGGAGAGUGAUCGAGAUGGUGUAGUAGAGGAAGAUGCACUGACCUCAGUAACAGGCGAGAGUGGUGAAGAGCCAAAUCGCUCCCAGAAAAAGAAGAAAAAGAACAAGAGGAAGCGAGAGGAGCGGGAUGAGGAUGAGACUGAAGUGUGCAGUGCCCCUACAGUAACGGAGGGCACCACUGAAGAAGACGCAUCCACCACGGGAAAGAGGAAGAAGGACAAAAAAACAUCUCUAGAGGUUCAAUCAGAUGAACCUAAAACAACAGAAAUUGAGAUUAUGGACCCUAAAGUUUCAGAUAAAAAGAAAAAGAAGAAAAAGAGAUAAGAGGAAGGAGUAACUAAGGAAGGGGUGUCCAAAAAGAACAAGAAAAAACAGAAACAAAAAUGAUUUUUUUUUUUUUUUUUUUUUUUUUUUUUUUU